AUGGCGAACCCGUUCGCGACGCUCGACGGCGACGCGCGCGGCGACGACGGGCGAGACGACGGCGAGAGUGGCGACGCGGCGCGCGGCGCGCGCGCGGCGACGGCGGCGACGCGCGCGAGACGGACGACGACGACGACGACGAGGGCGGCGAAGAAGCGCGAGACGGCGGCGCGGCGAGCCGAGGCGGAGGCGAUGCGCGCGCGCGCGCACGCGGCGAUGGCGAUGGAAAAACGAGAGGACGAUCGUUGGGGGAAGGUGGCGAAGGGAUCGGGAAUCGCGAGGAAGGCGGCGAAGGAGAUGGCGAAGACGAUGACGACGACGGCGGCGAGGGACGACGACGACGCGACUGGAGAGACGACGACGGAGACGACGGAGACGACGGAGACGACGACGACGACGAGUGAUGCGAUGGCGAAGGUGAGUGAGGUGUUCUGGCACACGUUCGAGGACACGGGGGCGUCGUGUUGGUGCGUGCGAGUGGAGGACGAGGACGGCGAGUCGACGACGAUGUCGAUUACGAAAUCCGUGCCUCGCGCGAGAAAAAUUCCGAGCGAUGGGGGCGAACGACCGGUGUUGGUGAGCGGCGAGAUUCGACUAUUACUCGCUGAGUGGGACGAUCGCACGCGCAUCGAUCGAGCGAGGCGCGCGAAGGCGAAAUUGAAGGCGGCCAAGGCGGCGGCCAAGGCGGCCGCGGAGGCGGCCGAGGCGCCGGCCGAGGCGCCGGCCGAGGCGCCGGCGGUCGAGACAUCGCCCGCGCCGGUGGCGGAGACGCUGUCCGCGGCACCGCCUGAUUUCGGCGCGACGCGUAGAGCGCCGCCGCCCGGGUUCGAAAAACCUGCGUUUCGAGUCGUGCACGUGCCGGUUGUCGAUCCUGCUGUCGAGGCGAGGCAACGCGAGCUCGAGGCGCAAGUCGCGGCGUUGCAAGCGCAACUCGCCGCACAGCAGAUGAUGCAACAGACGACGUACGCGCCACCGCCGCCAAGCUUUUCGGGAGGAUCAUCGAUCUGGUAA